GAAACGAGGCCAACUCCACCGAGCUUUAUCCGCGACGCCGCACAGACCACUUCCCAGCCACAUCGCAAGUGUGGCUGGUUACAGAGGAAAGGUACCUCAUUCUCACUUGAAACUCUUUUGGCGAUGGUUGGUGAAAGAGUUCUCGACUCACUAUUUUCAAUAUCUGUCCAGGUUCAGUCCUUCGAAUUUAACGAUGGAUAACGAUUAAUUUGGAUAUUAUAGGUGAUAUCAGCAAUUAGGAAGGCUGCGCUAGGUAGAAGAUAUACUACGGAUACCUCACCACCCUAAGGCGCGUGCAUUCCCCAGAUUUUGUCGCCUGUCGCGUGGGGCGUUCAAGCAUACCGAGCUUCUCACCUGUCCCCAACUAUCUUGUCCCUCCAUCGAGCUCAUUCACUUCUCAACUUACGUCAAUUUACCUUAAGAGGACAUCUCUUUUAGACCUUCUUUGACAUAAAGAUCCCACUGUCGAUACAAUGGGUGGUCUGGUGGCGUACGCCAGCAGUGACGAAGACGAUGAGGUCGAAGAUGUAAAGACUGAGAUUGCCGAGAAACCCACAUCUCCCAACAAUAACACAGGCUCAAAUAAUGACAAGCCACCAUCAACAUCACCUGCUGCUGCUGCUGCUCCUCCUCUUAACGCCGCCGCACCUCAACCACCAGCAGAGCCUCAACCAUCCACAGAAGCCAUGACAAUAGGCCCAGUCCAACAACACUCCGUCCCACUAGGCCCAUCCCUCCCUCCAAUGGAUACUCAACUCCCAGAUCUCCCCUCAGGAGAAGAUCCGUCCCAACCUCCAGCCUCGCCAUACACCGCCUCCCGCGCCCUCCUCCGCGAUCUCACUCUACCCCCCGUUCCCAACUUCGACAUACCCCCCUCGCCGCCGGGCUCCCCACCCCCCGCCCUCAGCGCCAAGUUCACCCAGUUUCUCGACCUCAAGAAGGGCGUCCACUUCAACGCCAAACUCGCCCAGUCCGCCGCCCUCCGCAACCCGAGCCUGACGGACAAGCUCAUGUCCUUCGUCGACCUCGACGGCCGCGCGGGCUACGCCACCACGCUACCGCCCGCGCUCGGCUGGGACCCGACGUCGGAGGAUCUCUUGCCGGAGUGGGCGGGCAGGACGGCGCUGCGACAGAGCCAGGAUAAGGUGCGCGGCGCGGGGGCGAGGAAGGGAGGCGGGCCCGUCGAGUUCGUGCCGGCUGCUGCUACCGCUGCUGGUGCCGAGUCUGCUUCGCCUGCUGCUGGGACCGAGCAAGGGGGUCUCGUCUCGCGUGGAGGAAAGAGGAAGGCGGGUGCGCUGUGAAGAGCAGCAAGCUGGGCCUGGUUAGUGAUUCCAUUUGGCAAGGCAUCCGGGCUGUUUGGUCACUGACGUCUGUCAGCUGCCUCAGCUUCGGCUUCAGCUGUUCAUUUGCCAUGGUUGUCUUGUUUGGCAGGCGUUUGAGGGAUUCAGCAACUCGGCAAGCUGACUGCUGGGGUAUCCAUCAGUCACCAACAUCGAUCCUUCUUCCUCACACUUCUGUGACAGGGGCUACUCUACGGGAACUUGUCAGACAUCGCCCAGAUGGGUCCAAAGCGUCCUACUCUUUCCAUUUCCCGCUCAAGGUUGAACUGCUCGGGGAGUUCUCAGGACAUCGAUGCAGCUACCGGACGUCUUGUGUCAUUGAUUGGGGGCUAAUCCUCCACAUCUCUGCCACCGCCAAGCGAACUAUCUCUGUGUUAUUUCCAUCCUUGAUCCUCUAAUUGUAACCCAUCCUCGAGUCACCCGAAAUCUCCUUCUCGAUUGGCAGUCGCAGACCUCGGUGUCUCUCUGACGCUCGCCGUCGAUCUCCUCGGCAUCAACUUGUUCAAUCAAUAGCAAUGAGGGGAAUAAGAAUGUGCUGGCAUGCCUAGCCGCAAACAAACACACAUACGCAUACAAUGUACACUAGUGCCGUGGAAAAAGAACAUCAUUAUUAUUCGAGGGGGGUUACAUGGUCCGCAUUGCCGCGCAGUGGGG